UUCCUGCAGGACUCAUCAUGUUCCAGAAAGGCCAGGCUCCCACGCCUCCCCCCUACGAGAUUUUCUUCUGUUUUGGGGAAGAGUGGCCCGACCAGAAACCGAAGGAGAAAAAGCUGAUCACAGUGCAGGUUGUCCCCGUAGCCGCCCGGCUCCUUUUAGAAAUGUUCUCCGGGGAACUCUCCUGGUCGGCCGACAGCGUCCGCUUGCAGAUUUCGCACCCGGAUCUCAAAGACAAAAUGGUCUUGCAAUUCAAAGAACUUCACCAGCUCUGGCAAAUGCAACAAAACAUGCCAGAGGGGGCUCCCAGCAGCUGGGAAAUGCAGACCGGGGGCAACGGCAUGCAGCAGUGAGACGCCAAGAGAUAAUCCCCCAAGGCCCACCCCACCCGGUGGCAUUUGGACACCAUCCCACGGGGCGUGAAAAGUCCGGCAGGGUCUGUCCCACCUGCCCCACUGAGCCAUUUCUGGGGAGGGGGGAUCUCUUGGCGCAGCCCAGCUUCCGGCUUCUGACGACCACCGGAGCACGUUUUUAAGAGAAGCACUUGUGGGCACUCCAGAGGUCACUUAGAGGAGGUGGGCCGGCCAUUUUCUCCUGCUGCAAAGCAAGAGAACCGGUGAUGCAUCGCUUGGCGGUAUCUGCAUGACAUGGAAAACUUGAACUCGGAACCGAAGCGGGCUCAAUUCGAAAGAAAGGCGCUCGGCUUCUUGCCAGGAUGGACGCCAAAAAAAAAAAAACGGAUUGAAGUUUGGGGUCGCUGCAGGUUUGUUGGUUUGGGGCCCGGAGAAGGACAAUCUUGCAGCUGAUAUAAGGACCCUACCGUCUUUUGAGCCCACCACCCCUCCAUUGCAAUGAGGAGGAAACAUGGAAGCCUCCGUGACUUCAGUGUUUUAAAUUUGAAACGGAACAUCAUGCAGGAUGGAGACGUUGGCCUGGGGAACGUGGCAAGGUUGCACCCUACUUUGAAACUCAAGAGAAUCGUGAUUAAAAAAUUGCCCCCUGAUUAAAAAUCAGACCUUUUUUAUAUUUUUUUCCAAAGCAACGGCUGUGUUCUUGAAGUUCGAUCUUAAAAAGUGUUCCAUAAAACCUGGGACCUCCGAGGUCUUCUAGACCAACCCCGUUGCUUGAGCAAGGGCUUGUCUUCGAGGCUUGUCCUCCUGGCCCAACCUUUUUUUUUGGAACCCUUUUCCAAGAGGUUCUGGCUUAAGAGUAGAGUUGAGUGCACAGGUGUCACAACCGGUUUGGCGAGGGUGUGCUUUGUGUGUGCAAUGUUUGAAAAUUGGCCAUUUUCAGCUCUAACGCUUACUGUCAACUCAUAAAACAUUUUGUAUGCACAUUUUAUAGUUGACAACAGAAAUAAGGGGACAGGAGUUUCAAAGAGCGGGCAGCAGUGUGGAAUCGAAAAUACAUUCCAUUCAUACUUUCUUCAAAUACUGAUUAGAUGAUUGAAGCUUCUCCCGUGCAAAAAUCUAAUUGGAGAGCAUGAUUGAUGACUCUUGGCUAUGGACAUUUUUCAUUGGAUGAUACACACAAGA